GAUAAGUAUCUGUGAAUAAACGGAUAGGGGCAGUAAUGUGUUUCGGGCUUGGAUUUCUAGUGAUUUUUGGAAGUCGAUUUUAUGGAACGUCUGGCAGAGGCGCCGUGGUUCUUUAUCAUCUUAUAACAACCAAUUAAGCGAAGGCAUGUCGAGUCAACGCAGUGCUGUGACUUUUUCAUGUUCUCGGCGGAAUCGUCAGGAGGAGGCUCUUGUCAGACGUCGGAAUGCAGAGGCAGAUCAUCAGCAACUGUGGGAUGGAAUUACUCAGUACUUUCACACUUGGGACAUACAGUCCAACAAACACAAUGAUUGGGCUUCCCCUCGCUACUACAGCCAAAGUAUGGAAAUGUAUAACAAAGCAAUGGAAGCACAAAAGAAAGCUCAACGUUUAGAAGAACGUCAACAGAAAUUAGCAGCGUUGCUGUACUCUGAAACAAGACAGUAUGAAAUAGAACUAGCUCGACAGAGGGGCAAUCCAAGUAUCCAUCAUCGAAUGCCGCUUGAAGAGCUGAAGUCUGUCAAUUAUGAGUUAAAGCGUCGUGAGGAGGAGAAUCAACGCAGAGAAGCAGAACUUAAAUUAUACCACCAGUGGAGGAUGAAGCAGCCUUCCAUUACAGAGCUUGAACGGAAGCAGCACGGUCAUUUUGUACGUGAGGCGUGGGUGAAGCAGACGCAGGAAAAGCAGGUGGAACGCGAGAAAGCGGAGAAGGAGCAGCUAGAGGCAAUGAAGGAGCGUGAAGCGAUGCAGCUUGCCGAGGAAGAACGUCAGAAGAAGAGCAGGGCCCUUUCCCUUCAGUCACAACUGAAGCAACAAAUUGCGGAACUCAGAGAUAGAGAAAAGAAAGCGGAGGAACUGCAGAGGGAGGAGUCUGAGGUGAUGCAGCGUAGGGCAAAGUUAGAAGACCUCUUGAUGGAGAGGAGGUCUUCUGAGGAACGGCGCAAGAAGGCAGAACUUGGAUCAUUCUUGCAGCGCCAGUACCAGUUGAAACUGCGCCGGCGUGCUAAAGAAGUGCAAGAGAAACUAACAGAAGAUUUGCAUUUGCUAGAGAAACUUAUGUCUAUGGAAAUGGAGGAGAACAGAAGAGCAAGUGAGCAACAGGAAGCUGCACGUAGAGAGAUGCUUUGUGCACGUCAGGCUCUAGCAGAGCAGGCACGUGUUGAGAGGGAGCGUGAGAAACAUAUGGAGUUCCUUUUCAAUGAGGAGGCACAGCGGAUGUGGACGCAGCAGGAAGAUAAAUGGAAUCGUGAAUGUGAGGCCAGAGAACGGCUGCUAACAGAGGUGCUCGUCACUGUGCAGCACCAACUGGAGGAGAGACUUGAGGCGAACCUUGCUGAGCAGCGGGAUCUAGUCAGGAGCAGAGAGGAACUUGUUGCCCACAUUGAGCAAGUGAAUGCAGAGCUGAAGGAGCAGCGGGCAGCUCUUAACAAAAUGAAGGAAGAACGCAGGAAGGAGAUUGAUAUACAGGUUUCUGACAAACAGCAGCGACAGAUGGCCGAAGCGCGGAUUGCCGAGUUGGAAGCAGAGAAGCAGAAAGUACAAGAAAAACUGGAGGAACAGAAACUUUUGCAGGAACUAAGAAAGAUGGAGACGACUGGUUACAACCCAGUGAAUGUUGCUCGAAGAAGAAUGUUUUGGUGAUAUUUAUGAAGAGAUAAACAGUUAAUAGAUUUUUCAUCAUGGAAGAAGAAACCUGUUUGGUAAAUAUCUGUUUUAAAUAGAUGAAAGGGGAAAUAUCUAAAUAUGUACAGUGUAAGAAUAAAUGUAAUAUUGUUUGUUUGUUUGUGGUCAGUCUUUCGACUGGUUUGACGCGGUCCUCCGUUUUUGCGCCAAUCUCUUCAUUUCCAUGUAUUUUUUGCAGCGCACAUCCUCAAUAAUCUGCGUCACAUUCCAAUCUUUGUCUCCCCCUUCCAUUACCAAAUUAACCAAUCCUGGGUGCCACAGAAAGUGCCCCACCGUCCUCUCUCUUCUUCUCGUAAGAUUUUCUUCCUUCGCCUGUCCUGUCCAAGACCAGAUAUUUCACCCAUAAAAUGAAUGACAGUCGUACUGUCCUGCAGUACGUUGGUUCAAACACUGAUAAGUUCUGACGUCUCUUAUUGCAUAAUCGAAUGUGCGUUUGACCGAUUGCUUCAGGCAGAAGAAAAUUUCUAGCUGCUUUUAAUUUGCUUAGUAUGUGUGCAAUUCCAUUAGAAAUUCUUUCUUCAAUUUGGUUGAAAAAUGGGGAUUGUUAUUUGCUGGGAACAUUUAAAACUGACGUCAUCUGUGUUUUAAAUAAUUAAAACUGCACCCGGGCGCUUAAAUGUGAAUUAUUUUAAAUCCACGGUUUUAUGUGUUUUAAUAUAACAAUAAUGGGACUUAAUGCGUCGAUUCCUUCAAUUUACAGGUUUCGUAUCUGUUAAUUUAUGAUAAUUUGUGAUUGCUGUAUCAGUUUAUAAAGACUGUUGGUACGUUUCAUUGUGUAGUGUACUUUACCAUAUGAAAGUUGUCUUUUUUAAAGAUGAUUUGUUUAUUAUCUGGAUAUUUCUAAUUAAGAUUAUAAACCGUUAUUACUAUUUUA